AUGGUCACCACACGGAACGGGAAGCGCACAGCCGCCGAGGCCCCCGCCGCAGCUGCGGACACCAAGAAGCAGAAGCUUCCAGUCCGGGCAAAGGAGGGCAAGGCGGCCGCCAGCAAGAAGGAUGAGACCAGCCGUUCGUUGUCAUCAUCAUCAUCAUCAAAAAAGAGGUCCUCCUUUGUCGUGGAGUUGAAAUCGGCAGCCGGCACGGCUACGGGCGCGCAGGACGUCAAGGAGAAGCAGGUUAUCACAGGCGCCGAGCAGCCCGCGCCCAGGACGGACGACGAGGAGAUUGGGGAUUCUGACGCCUCGCCCGAGUCGGUCGGCGAUGAUGCGCACGAGGCGGCAGAGGCCAAGACGGCGCUCGUUGCCGAGGGAGGAGGCGACGGCGACGACGAUUCCGACUCGGAUGCGGCGCCCGAGGCUGUUUCUACGUCCAAGGCUGCCGUGCAGGCCAAGAAGUCUGCGCAGGCUGCCAACAAGGCCAUUGCGGAACAACAAGCCAACCAGAAGCGCAAGCGCCAAGAGCGCAACGCCCGGCUCCAAGAACAGGCCGCGGCGCGCAAGGCUCAAGAGGACGAGGCGCCGGCGGAGAAGUCGAGUGAGGAGGAGGAGGGCGACGAGGAGACGGCCGGGACCCCGGCGCGGGAGGCCACCACCACAGGACGCCGGAAGAGGCUGGAUCUCCCUUCGGAGCUCCCGGCCGAGUUCCUUGAGUCCGACUCGGAGGAGGACGGCGAAAGCGAGGACGGGGCGGGGGAUCGCAAGCCCCGCAAGGCACGGAAGCUCGAGACGGCGGAGGCGCAGCUCCUGCGCGAGGCCCGCGCGCCUAGAGACGAGGUCGUCGGCACGACCGUGUUCCGAACCGUCAAGAAGGAGGAUGAGAGGCUGGCGCCCAAGGCGCAGAAGUAUUCCGUCAAUGCGAAGAAGGCGUUGUUGGCUCGCGGUAGGGCGCCGGUGAAGGCGCGCAGGGGGUUUUUGGUUUAG